GCGAGCGGAGAGGGGCGUAGCAGGUCCGGGGCGGGGCCUGAGUGCGCCUGCGCAGUCCGCGCCACUCAGGGAGGCGGAGGCGACGCGCCGGAGGAAAGAUGGAAGACUACCAGGCUGCGGAGGAGACUGCUUUUGUUGUUGAUGAAGUGAGCAACAUUGUAAAAGAGGCUAUAGAAAGCGCAAUUGGUGGUAACGCUUACCAACACAGCAAAGUGAACCAGUGGACCACAAAUGUAGUAGAACAAACUUUAAGCCAACUCACCAAGCUGGGAAAACCAUUUAAAUACAUUGUGACCUGUGUAAUUAUGCAGAAGAAUGGAGCUGGAUUACACACAGCAAGUUCCUGCUUCUGGGACAGCUCUACUGACGGGAGCUGCACUGUGCGAUGGGAGAAUAAGACCAUGUACUGCAUCGUCAGUGCCUUCGGACUGUCUAUUUGACCUGCAGUCCAGCCUAUGGCCUUUCUCCUUUUGUCUCUAGUUCAUCCUCUAACCACCAGCCAUGAAUUCAGUGAACUCUUUUCUCAUUCUCUUUGUUUUGUGGCACUUUCACAAUGUAGAGGAAAAAACCAAAUGACCGCACUGUGAUGUGAAUGGCACCGAAGUCAGAUGAGUAUCCCUGUAGGUCACCUGCAGCCUGCAUUGCCACUUGUCUUAACUCUGAAUAUUUCAUUUCAAAGGUGCUAAAAUCUGAAAUCUGCUAGUGUGAAACUUGCUCUACUCUCUGAAAUGAUUCAAAUACACUAAUUUUCCAUACUUUAUACUUUUGUUAGAAUAAAUUAUUCAAAUCUAAA